CUUUUCCUGCUCCGAACUACAUUUCCCAGAAGGCUCAGCAGCGCGAAUUAUCAUUCCAUGCAAACUUGCUCUCCUCUUCCUCAGCCCGUCCAGCUCUUAGGGUUACUAGUCUCGGUCUUGGAAAGAAAAUUAUCUCAUACGCGUCGAACUAGCCUUCUGCGGGAAUUACGUCCCGAGACUGAGCCGGGACUUCAAAGAGGUUUCCCAGGCGCUUUUCAGUGAGGAGGCGUAAUCCUUUCGGCGUGGCGGCAGGUAAUCGCUAAUAGGAAUCCCAACGGCCGGGAGCCAUUUUGUCGGUCACAGGUCUGUCUCCGACUACGUUGCCCAGAGGAAGCUGCGGCAUGACGCUGCUUCUCGCGGGUAUUCAACCUCCAAGUCACGCGCUGGCGGGACCCUCAAGGCCGCACGAGCAACUGCUCCAGAGCUGUGGAGGACUCUGCUGCUUUGGAAGCCAGGAAGGCAUGAGCUCUCCCUUUUCCAAAAGAGAAGCCCAGAGGAAGACUGGUCCUUUCCUGUAAAUAUUGAAGCCAUGGCUCAGGAGUCAGUGAUGUUCAGUGAUGUAUCCAUAGACUUCUCUCGGGAAGAGUGGGAAUGCCUGAAUGAUGAUCAGAGAGAUUUAUACAGAGAUGUGAUGUUGGAGAAUUACAGUAACCUGGUUUCAAUGGCAGGGCAUUCCAUUUCUAAACCAGAAGUGAUCUCCUUCUUGGAGCAAGGGAAGGAGCCCUGGUUGGUUGACAGAGAACAGACAAGAGGCCAGUGGCCAGUCCUGGAAUCAAGUUGUCAGACCAAGAAAUUAUUUCUGAAGAAUGAAAUUUAUGAAAUAGAAUCAGCCCAGUGGGAGAUAAUGGAAAGACUUACAAGACAUGACCUUCGGUGCUCUAGUUUCAGAGAUGAUUGGGACUGUAAUGGCCAGUUUGAGAAACAACAUGGCUCUCAAGAGGAGAAUUUCAGCCAAUUGAUAUUCACUCAUGAAGGCAUGCCCACUUUCAGUCAUCCAUCCUUUACAUUACAACAAAUCAUUAAUAAUAAAGAGAAGUACUGUGAAACUAAGGAAUAUGGGAAAACCUUUAGACAUGGCUCACAGCUUAGCACACAUCAGAUAAUUCAUGCCAUUGAGAAACCCUACCAGUGUAAGGAAUGUGGAAAGACCUUUAGACAUCCCUCAAGACUCGCUCAUCAUCAGAAAAUUCAUACUGGCAAGAAACCCUUUGAAUGUAAGGAAUGUGGAAAAACCUUCAUUUGUGGCUCAGACCUUACCCGACAUCACAGAAUUCACACUGGUGAGAAGCCCUAUGAAUGUAAGGAAUGUGGAAAAGCUUUUAGUAGUGGCUCAAACUUUACUCGACAUCAGAGAAUUCACACUGGAGAGAAGCCCUAUGAAUGCAAAGAAUGUGGAAAGGCCUUUAGUAGUGGUUCAAACUUUACCCAACAUCAGAGGAUUCAUACUGGGGAGAAACCUUAUGAAUGUAAGGAAUGUGGCAAUGCCUUUAGUCAGAGCUCACAACUUAUUAAACAUCAGAGAAUUCAUACUGGUGAGAAACCCUAUGAGUGUAAGGAAUGUGAAAAAGCUUUUCGUUCUGGUUCAGAUCUUACUCGACAUCAGAGAAUUCAUACUGGUGAGAAACCCUAUGAAUGUAAGAUAUGUGGGAAGGCCUAUUCUCAGAGCUCACAACUUAUUAGUCAUCAUAGAAUUCAUACUGGUGAGAAACCCUAUGAAUAUAGGGAAUGUGGGAAGACCUUUAGUUAUGGUUCACAGCUUAUUCAACAUCAAAAUUUGUACUGGUGAGAAAUAGAAUAUAUAAGAUGUGUGAGAAAGUUUUUAAUUAUGGCUCAAAACUCUUAAGCAUCAAGGAAUUUAUCUUGAUAAUAAUCCAUAUAAAUAGAAUAAUGUAAAAAUAUCUUGUUUGUUUACUACAACUAACUCAACUUGAGAAAAUUCAAGCAAAUUCACCCUAUGAAUAGAAUACAUUUUGUAAGCCCUUUAAAAGAAAGUCAUGUUUCUCUUGACAAUAGAUAAUUAAGCUAGUAAAUAUUGAAAUUGAAAGCACUUUUUACAUCUUUCUAACCUUAUCUUAAAUAUUAGAGAAUUCAUGCUAAAAUGUAAUCCUUUCAAUUUAAUUUACUCUUUUCCCAUAAUUUGUCUAUAAUUGUUUAAUUCUUAAUUUUUAAUCCAUCUGAAAUUUAUUUGACUGUAAAGUCCAUAAUGUUUACAUCAUAGAAUGUAAAAUACUCUUAUUUUUAAAAUGCUUUUAAUACCUGAGAGAAGUGACCCCCUUAUUUUUGAAGAUUGUUUAUUCAUUUUUAUUUUUACAAUAUUAAGACUUUCUUUUUGUAAAAUCAUUCAUCAUCAACUUUUCAUUUAUUAAAUAGGAAUCCUUUAAUAGCUUCAUGGUGUUUCCUUGUGUUGCUCUAAUAUCAUUUUAUCAAAUCCCUAUUGAUGGAUAGUGUGGUUCCUUCAAACUUUUUGCCACUAUAUACAGUGCCCUGAUGGACAUUCUCCAUAGGCCAUCCUUAUAUCUUGUUAUUUUUCUUUAAUUGCUGAGAUGAUUCAUGCAUAUAUUUUCCUUAUAAAAAGAUCUAAACAUUACAAAUAAGGCAAAAGUACCCUUUGACCACCAUCACUUUACCCACUUCCCUUCUCAAAGGAUGCCAUUAUCAUCCAUUUAUUGUUUAUUAAUCUUCUUGAUCAUUUUUCUGUUUUUAUACAUGUGUGUCUCUGUAGAAUUAUAAAAUGAAGAUAAUUGUAAUACCUACCUCAUAAUGUUGAUUGAUGGUUAAAUGAAUUAAGGUAUAUAAAGAGCUUAAAACUGCCUGUCAUAUAAUAAAUACAUUUUCACUGAAUAUUAGUCAUUGUUGUUAUAUUCAUCAUUGUCGUCAGUAUCAUUGUUGAAGGAGUUUUAACUGUAAUGUAGACUCCAUUUAAUAUCAGGCAGGGUAUUCAUGGUGAAGAAAGAGACUUUGAGGGUAAUGAAUUAAGAAAAAUUUCCUUAAUCAUUUAUUCUGUUGAACAUGGAAACAUCCUGGUGGUGAGGAGAGUAAUGUGUGGGAAGGACGGUGUCUUUUUGCUACAUCAUACAAUAUUAAUAUAAAACUUUCUUUGAAAGAAACAAGAAUAUAGACAAAACAUUGGUGGUGCUAUGAAGGAAAAAAUACAAAAAGAAACAGCAUUACAUUUUAGAAAUGGAUAAAACCUUUUUCAGUCAUAUAAAAGUAGACACCUCAUUUUACCACUUUAAAUAAUCGUGAUGUCUGAAAUGGAUUAGGAGAGCACAAAAAAGAAAGCAAUGUUCCAGUAUCAUCAGAAGAUGUAUGCAAGCAUCCUGAACAAAUUAGCAAAUUCUAGGUAUCUAUUAAAAGAGUAGUAGAAAUGAAACUGGUUGGGACAUAGCUAAAGAGGAUACCUACUGCCCAGAUGCUGUGAGGAAAUGUAGGCCCUGUUUUGCCAACUCUUCUGACUUUUUUAGAAAUAAAAAAUUUUUUUGCAUGUGAUAUCUCUCACCUUUUAAAUAGUAGCUCUAAUUUAAAAACAAAAAACACUUUGAAGACCAAAGAAGAUAUAUUGGCUCUGCUAGUAGCAAGUGGACAUGGAUCACUUCUGUUCCAGACCCUGAAGCAGUGAGUAUGCAAAAUCCUCAGAGGGAUUUUUAAAAUUGCAAAUUCCAUGACCUCAAUCACAUUUGUUCUGAUAAGGUAAGUUUGGGAGGGAUUUUUAAAAUUGCAAAUUCCAUGACCUCAAUCACAUUUGUUCUGAUAAGGUAAGUUUGGGAGGAAAGAGGAGUAGUACAAUGCAAGAUAAUUUAUCCAGAAUUUUUAACCAGAAUUUUUUGGGUGUGAACUGUUUCAAAUUAACAGUAUUUCCAAAGAUUAGCUAAACUUUAAGCAUAAAGAUUUAUUUUAUAAAAAGGUCUUGAUCCAGCCCCAGUAUUUUCUCCAGUUUUGUUGUUUAUUCUAAGAAUCACGUUGAUUUUAAAAAUGGGAUGUAUUAUGUGUUGUGUAUCUCUUUUAACUAUAUACACACAACUGAAGAAAGUUUUUAAGGAGUUAACCUAUCAAGAAAAAAUAGCCAGAACCACCUCAAUUUUGUACUAGCAGCAUAUAUGUUCUGAAAUUACAUACUCGGUUCUAGUCUGGAGGUUGGCAAACGUUUUUGUAAAGGGUCAAAUAGUAAAUACUUUAGCCUAUGUGGACCAUUCUGUUUCUGCCGUAACUGCUCAGUUCUGCCAUUGUAGUGUGGAAGCCUAGUAAAAGUCUCCUAGGAGACACUGAAGUUAAAAAAAAAUAUAUCACAAUUUAGCCUUGUUUAGGUUUAGGUUAGUGUUUUAAGAUGGGCCUUUUCUGGGCCUCAAUUUUCUUCCUAAGCAAGCAGCUUCCUACAUUGGAUGGCUACCAUUCUGUGGAAGGAUAAUCCAUAUAGUUAGUUAUCACAGAUCUUUCCUCCAUGCGCCAUGCUCUUUUUCCUGAGAUCUCAUGUGAAUAUUUGUUUUAACGUGGAGUUACUUUAUGUUUUACAGACAUAAAGAAGUAAAAUAUUUCCUAAUCAAUUUGAGAAAAUUAAAGUAAGCAAAACAUCUGCAAAUGGGAAAAUUAUUCUGCUUUGCAUUACUAUCAGAGUAACAGCCAAAUAAAAUUUUACUUCCUUUUGUGCAUUUGUCUUAAUAAUUCUUCAUCUAAAAUUACAGAGGUAGCACAUUUUCCCAUAAACCAGUGAAACAAUACCAAUAAAAUGAAAAAAACAUGUCUCUGUCCCUUUCAUCCCUCACUCCCUCCCCCUGUCCAUUUUAUUCUGAGUACUGUUUAAACCUUGUGUAUAUCCUCCAUGUAUUUCUUCAUGCUCAAACAUUAACAGGCAAAUAAAUGAUUUAUUUUCUCAUAUUCUUAAAAGAAGGAUGAUACUUUAUGUGUUUCUCUGUUUUUUGCAUUUUUGCAUUCAACUGGAUAUUUUGGAUUUCCCUUCAGGUCAGUGGAUGAUGAUUUAACUUAGUCUUUUUUAAUGGUUAUGGUAUAUUCCAGAGUAUUGUUAUUCCCAUACGUGUUCAACCAUUUUCCCAAUUAUAGUAUUUCAUACUGUUUACUCUUCUUUGCCACUGAAAAGCAACACUGCAAUAAACAUUCUAAUACUAUAAUCUUGUCUAUUUUAUUUCUAGAAAAUAUAUUUCCCAAACUGUUUUCAAUGUAUCCUGUAUUUCUUGGGAAAAUAUUUCUCACCUUAGUUCACUCAGGGAUAAAGUUUUUCAUAUAUGUGUUUAUGUGGAUGUAUACACACAUACAUAGAUUUAAGUGUUUAAUCCAUUAGGAAUUGAUUACUGUAUGUGGUAUGAUACAGGAUUACAGCUUUGUUUCCAUCCAGAAAACAAAGCCAGU